UUAUUAUUUUUUUAUAUUUAUUUUCAGAAAUUAUAGCGCAAAAAAAGGGGAAAAAAAAAGAGUAGAUGGCUUCUCCAGAUUCCGACUCAUCGCCGCCGUCCCUGGAGGAGCUAAGUUCAAGAGGCGCCUACGCGCUCCUCCUCCCCUGGAUCAUCGGCAUGGGGGCUGCCGCCAACUCAUCCCCGCGCGAGGUCGCGGUGUUCGUACACCAACCAAGCAGAUCGAUAACCCUAAUGGAAGGAUCCAUCGACAUCGAAUCUCUCAUGCGGGAGAUCCCGUCGCUAGAGAAGGAAGGCCCCUUACCCGCAUCCAAAGCCUCAAUCGACGCCCUUCCCCGGGUCGAGAUAUCGGAGCCCGGUCUGGAGUGCGCGAUCUGUCUGUCGGAGUACGAGGUCAACGCCGGAGAAGAAUUAGUCAAAGAGAUGCCGUGUAGACAUAAGUUUCACUCCGGUUGUAUCGAUAAGUGGCUCGGGAUCCACGGAUCGUGCCCGGUUUGCCGGUUCAGUAUGCCGGUCGACGAGGAGGAGGAGAAGAAGGAAAGUGAGAGUGAUGAGAGGUUAGGGUGGAGAAUCCACGUGUUUCUUCGUCGGGGCAGAAGAAGGGCAUCCGGUUCGGAUAUGGAUGUUGAUUCGGGUCGGGACGAGGAUCCGGAUUCGGAAAGUGGAAACGAUGAUGACGUGGAAGGUGAUGGCGGUGAUGAGUCGCCAGCUCAGGACAUGGAUGUAGAUGAUAGUGAUUGAUUUCAUUUAAUUUUUUUUAUUAUUUAUUUUGGGUGAAUUAAUUUACUUUACUUUUGUAGCGGUUUUAUUAUUUUGAAAUUUAGUUUGAUUAGGUGGUGAAAGUUUUUGUACAUAUACGGAAGAAGUAAUUUAUUCAAGAAACUUUGGAGAAGAUGAAAAUUGUUUGGUUUCUUUUGCACAUACAUUAUACUUGUAACAAUUCAUUUUUGACACUAAGAUCUAUACUUGUAACAUUAUUU